ACACAGGGGUGCCCUUGAAAGUUUCUGACAGAAGUGUGACCCGGGCCAGCUGGGCCUCGGGGAGUGCAGUGCGGGGCUCGAAGCUUUCAUCUGUGAGCUGGGAAACUCCCCUGCCAGCACCGUCCUCUCUGAGGCCACCUCGCAGGUGCCACGAUGCAGGUGAAGAAGUACCUGGUCAAGUGCCUGCACCGGCUGCAGAAGGGCCCGGGCUACACCUACAAGGAGCUGCUGGUGUGGUACUGCGACAACACCAACACCCACGGCCCCAAGCGCAUCAUCUGCGAGGGGCCCAAGAAGAAGGCCAUGUGGUUUGUGCUCACGCUGCUCUUCGCCUCCAUCGUCUUCUGGCAGUGGGGCGUCUUCAUCAGGACCUACCUGAGCUGGGAGGUCAGCGUCUCGCUCUCCGUGGGCUUCAAGACCAUGGACUUCCCCGCCGUCACCAUCUGCAAUGCCAGCCCCUUCCAGUAUUCUAAAGUCAAGCAUUUGCUGAAGGACCUGGAUCAGCUGAUGGAAGCCGUCCUGGAGAGGAUCGUGGCUCCCGAGCAACCCCUUUCCAACGCCACCAGGGCCCUGAACUUCACCCUCUGGAACCAUACGCCCCUGGUCCUUAUUGACGAGCGGAACCCCCACCACCCUGUGGUCCUCGACCUCUUUGCAGACAAUCACAAUGUCUCGGCAAGCGGCAGCCCAGCACCCGGAAGGGCCUGCAAUGCCCAGCAGUGCAAAGUAGCCAUGAGGCUGUGCUGCCGCAACGGGACCGUGUGCACCUUCCGGAAAUUCAUCAGCGCCACCCAGGCCGUGACAGAGUGGUACACCCUGCAGGCCACCAACAUCUUCUCCCAGGUGCCAACCCAGGAGCUGGUGAAGAUGGGCUACUCGGGCGAGCAGCUGAUCCUGGCCUGCCUGUUCGGGGCCGAGCCCUGCAGCCAGGGAGGCCCCCUUGCUGGGGGGCAUGGACAUGUGGGUGGCGAGGUGGAGCCGCGGUGCCCUUGGUCGGCCUGCCAUGUGGGUGGGGGAGCAAGAGGAGCCCAGGAGGAGAGAACGGCGGCGGGGACUAGGAUGGGCCUAGAGAAGACAGGAGGCUGGACUUUCACAAAGCGGAGCCGGCCUCCUGGGCAGGCCAGGGAGGCCCCCUUGCUGGGGGGCAUGGACAUGUGGGUGGCGGGCUCCCUGCAGCAGCCCUCGGCCCCUCCCCCCACAGGCCUGAAGCUGAUCCUGGACCUGGGCCAGGAGGACUAUGUGCCCUUCCUCACAUCCACGGCCGGCGCCCGGCUGCUGCUCCACGAGCAGCGGUCGUACCCCUUCGUCAAAGAGGAGGGCAUCUACGCCAUGUCGGGGACGGAGACAUCCAUCGGGGUGCUGGUGGACAAGCUGGAGCGAAAGGGCAAGCCCUACAGCCAGUGCACAGUGAACGGCUCCGACGUCCCCAUCCGCAACCUCUACAGUGACCACAACACCACCUACUCCAUCCAGGCCUGUAUUCGCUCAUGCUUCCAAGACCACAUGAUCCAGAACUGCAGCUGCGGCCACUACCUGUACCCCCUGCCCCGGGGGCAGAAGUACUGCAACAACCAGGAGUUCCCAGACUGGGUCUACUGCUACUCGCAGCUGCGCCAGAGCCUGGGCCAGAGGGAGACCUGCAUCCGGAUGUGCAAGGAGUCCUGCAAUGACACCCAGUACAAGAUGACCAUCUCCAUGGCCGACUGGCCUUCUGAGGCCUCUGAGGACUGGAUUUUCCAUGUCUUGUCUCAGGAGCGGGACCAAAGUACCAAUAUCACCUUGAGCAGGAAGGGAAUUGUCAAACUCAACAUCUACUUCCAAGAAUUCAACUAUCGUACCAUUGAGGAGUCAGCAGCUAAUAACAUCGUCUGGCUGCUCUCGAAUCUGGGCGGCCAGUUUGGCUUCUGGAUGGGGGGCUCGGUGCUGUGCCUCAUCGAGUUCGCGGAGAUCGUCAUCGACUUCCUGUGGAUCACCGUCAUCAGGCUGGUGGCCUUCUCCAAGAGCCUGCGGCAGAGGCGGGCCCAGGCGCGCUACGCCGGCCCCCCGCCCACCGUGGCCGAGCUGGUGGAGGCUCACACCAACUUUGCCUUCCAGCCUGACACGGCCAACCCUGAGGCCUACCCCGAUGAGCAGACCCUGCCCAUCCCGGGCACCCCGCCCCCCAACUAUGACUCCCUGCGUCUGCAGCCACUGGACGUCAUUGAGUCUGACAGUGAGGGUGAUGCCAUCUAGGCCUUGCCCCUGCCCCUGCCCCUGCCCCUGCCCCUGCUCCUGCCCCUGCCCUUGCCCACCCUGGGCAGCCCAAGAACUCGGACCUGAGGAGCCGAGACCAGGGCCCAAGGCCUCAUUCCGUCGUGCCCUCUCCAAAGGGCUGACAGGUGUCCAGUCGAGUCUGUCUCUUGCAGAGAGGCCAGCAGUCCCAGCCCCAGGCCGAGGGUGCGUAGGCUCGCGGUGCUGUCGGGAGUGGGGAAUUGUGUGCUCGGUUGGUUUCUGCCCAUCCCCAACCUCGAACCAGGCUCCAGAGACCCGAGGACACCUUCCCUGGGGGCCGGCCGCUUCCCUCCAGCCAGUCGGCAUCCGCUCCAGAGCCGGGCCACCCCCAGAACCUGCGGCCUUUCCUUCCCGGUGGCUGGCCUCCGGGGUGGGAUCGGUGAGGGCAAUGGCUGUGCAGAGCAGGAGAGCAUCAGGCGGGGGCGGGGCUGGCUGCCAGGUGGCACGUGUUUUAUUCUAGAAAAUAAAAGUAGAAAACAC